AUGUUCGGUCGCGUUCAGCACGGUAACGCCCAAGGUGGGGGAGGCGGUGGUCGGGUCUGCUCCUUCUAUCAGCAAGGCAGAUGCAGAUUUGGAGACAACUGCAAAUUUGAGCAUCCUGGCGCCAACAAGCCCCAGGAUAGCGGAAACCGAUUUCAGACUCUGCAAAAUCAGGGCAACGGCUUUGGUCAAAGGAAUCGCAAUAACCAGCGGCCACCUGCUCCCAAUCGCGGCCAGCAAUACGCAAGCACCUACCAAGUGACGAAGGAUGGAAUUGAACAAGACCUCAAGAAUGAGAAACCUCAAUGGCCAUUCUCCGCUUACGGCCCCGGCAGAGAUGCUCCGACACAGCUGUUCGGAGGAUUUCCUCUAGAGCAGAGCCCCGAGGAGAUGCGAGUUCUCUACUAUAAAGCUCUCGCUAACGGCAAUCCACAACCUGCUAUCCAAGCCGAACAGGAACUUCUCACGCAAAUAACGCAACAAGUAGGACAGAUUCUUGGCGAUCUAGCCGGGGCAGAGAAAUACGUCUUGGAUGGCGAGAACCAACAUCCAAACCGCAUAGACGGAUGCCAGGCUUCUGUGGGGAAUGUUUUCCACAAAGGUCGAAAGCUGAACUCGAAAUUUUCUCCUAACAUUACAGCACCGGCAGUCAACCAGCCUGCUCAGACUGGCGCUUUCGGCCAACCCUCUGCAAUGAGCGGUGGCGGAGCCUUUGGUCAACCUUCGAACCUAGGAGGAGGUGGUGGUUUUGGUCAGGCAUCUAGUCUCGGCCAAAGACCAAGUCCAUUUGGUCAGUCAGGAGGUACGGCACCAGCUGCUGGAGCAUUCGGUUCUCCAUCAGCUCUCGGUCAGAAGCCUUCCUUUGGUCAGCCAUCUGCUAUGGGAGCCAAACCAAAUCCAUUCGGACAGCCAGCAGCACCGACGGGCGGAUUCGGACAGCCAUCGACACUUGGUCAAGGUGGCGCGUUCGGACAGCCUUCUGCUGCACCUCAAGCAAGUCCCUUUACUCAGACGGGACAAAGCAACCAAGUGCCGCCAUCGCCUUUCGGACAAAAUCCACAGCAAGGAGGAGGAGGGCUGAGCCAGGCUUCAGCACUCGGUCAACCAUCGAAUCUCGGUCAGCAACAGAAUACUACCUUUGGGCAGGCCUCUGGAUUGGGUCAGCAACCUCAGCCAGCAUUCGGUCAGCCCUCAGCACCUGUUCAGCAAAAUACAGCAUUUGGUCAGCCCUCAGUGCCUAAUCAACAAAACACCGCGUUCGGUCAACCCUCAGUCGCGGGUCAACACACGGCAUUCAAUCAGAAUCCAGCACCUUCCGCAAAUGGAGCACCUGGAUUCGGUCAACCAGCAGCAAACGGGCAACCGCCAGCGCCUGCACAACAAGCCAAUGGAUUUGGGCAGCCCUCAGCCCCAACGCAGCAACAGAACGCUUUCGGCAAGCCUUCACCGUUCACUCAAGCACAAGGAAAUCAGCAACCACAGUCACCCUUUGCACAAGCCGCAGCUAAGUCGACUACGUUCGGACAACCGACACAGCCUACGAACAACCGGACCUUUGGCGGCGGCUUCGGGACGGCGUCCGGGCCACAAGCACAACAUCAACAACAGCAGCAGCAGCAGCAGCAGCAAAAAUCAUACGCAGAUCCUGUACCCCAAGGUGACUGGAUAACUCGACAGCCCAAUGGGCAACUAAAAGGCUUCAAGGGCGCACCUGUGCAGUAUCUUGGCACGAACGAGGCAACAUCAACUCAAGAGCCACACUACAGAAAGGGCGAUGGACAGAUGGAAAGAAUCUGGCACCCCGAGGGCAAUGCGCCGCUCAGGGCAGAGGUAGAAGCACCGGCAGAAGCCUAUACUGCCGAGGUUGAGGCCGCGUACAAGUUCGUGGCAGAGCAAGGCGUCUUCAAGGACGGAGUGAUGCCAGAAGUACCGCCCAAAUGUGAGUGGAUCAGGUGGGAUAUUUAG